GAAAAGUGUUGCGAGGACGGGGGCUGGCGAGGCUCAUGGUAGGAGGCUUCGCAUCUGAGGACAACUGCUUGGGAACUGGGUGCAGCCAGGGUGCCGGCGACCAUGAGAUCUCUGCGGCUGCUCAGAACCCCCUUCCUGUGUGGCCUGCUCUGGGCCUUCUGUGCUCCAGGUGCCGGGGCUGAGGAGCCUGGGGCCAGCUUCUCCCAUCCCGGCAGCAUGGGCCUGGAUAAGAAUACAGUGCAUGACCAAGAGCAUAUCAUGGAACAUCUAGAAGGUGUCAUCAACAAACCAGAGGCGGAGAUGUCCCCACAAGAACUGCAGCUCCAUUAUUUCAAAAUGCAUGAUUAUGAUGGCAAUAAUUUGCUUGACGGCCUGGAGCUCUCCACAGCCAUCACUCACGUCCAUAAGGAGGAAGCGAAUGAACAGGCACCGCCAAUGAGUGAAGCUGAACUGAUUAAUCUAAUAGAUGGUGUGUUGAGAGAUGAUGACAAAAACAAUGAUGGAUACAUUGACUAUGCGGAAUUUGCAAAAUCACUGCAGUAGACGUUGUUUGGCCUUCUGGUUGUAUGCGAAUGUGACCCGUCAUAAUGUGAUUGAACACUUUGGGUAAUGCAAAAUAACUCCU